AAAGAACACAGCUGAAUGUUGGAUUAUAUAUUCGUCUUUCCCAGUUAAAUUUCAUUAUUCUCUGUGUUUAGAAGGAACUUUUUUGCUAACAGCCCAUCUUUUUUUUCCCGUUUUCCGGCCAGCACAAUCAUCGUCUCCGAUGAUAUAAUGGCGGAAAACUCCCCAAUCAGCUCCGACGAAACCCCAUACCCAGCUAAUUGUCCAAUCCCGUUCGACCUUUUUGUGUCCAAGAAAUAUGAGGGACUUGGGCCGCUGGGUAAUCUCAGAUUUACUGACUCAGUGGGUAAUUUGGUAUACUCUGUUCAGAAAUUGACCCGAAAGUCAGCUGGUAACGACGAUGGCCACUGCGUGAAGUUACUCUUGGAUUCAUCCGGCAAUACCCUUUUCUCAAUCAACCGAGUUAGCCUGUGCGUGUUUGUGUUUAUGAUUAUGGACGAAUAUGUUUCCAGACUGAACAUGUUGAUUUUCCCCCGUGCAUCUUUAGGCAACUUCCCCGGUGUUCUGUCUGAAUAUGAACUUCAGUUUGACAAGAAACAAUUGCAUAAUAAAAGAUCAUGGCAGGCCUUUAAGGGAAACUGCAAGGACAAGGAUUUGAUUUUCCGUGUGAACAAGACCGUAGAUAAGUACACAAGAACUGAAUUUAAAAUAUUAAUUGCUGGUGAAUAUAACAAUGACUCAAAGACCGAGUUACACAUGAAAGGGAGCCCUUUCAAGAGAGCAUGUACCAUUUAUAAAGACGAUUCAAUUGUAGCUGAGCUGAAUGUUGCUUUGAGCAUCGACCCCACAAUCCAACCUCCAAAACGCCAUCCUCCGCCGGUGAGAGUAGCGAAAGCGACAUUAUUUCCUUAUCUGACUUCGACCGUUUCUGUUCGAGAACUGGGGAAUAUUAUGAUUCUCCUCAGAGGCGGCGUUUCUGUUCGAGCUGUGUGGAUCAUCGAUUUCCUGCUGCCGCAGAACCUCCGUGGCUCAACCACGCUCUUCAUAGCCGCCGGCUCCGAGAUCGAUUUU